UCUCUGUUAACCUCGUUAAUGAACACAAAGUGAGAACAAAUCAAGAAAUCAAAAACAAGAAAAGAAAAGAAAAAAAGAGAAAAAGGAAAUGGUAACAGAGGGCGGGUGUUACCCACAGGCCCAAUUACCUACCGUUGUAAUAAAAUCAGAGUUGGCAAGGUUUUCGUGUAGAUAGGAGUGUGAAAAAGAAGCAUGGGUAGCAGCUCUCAGGCGAUCCGCUAUCCAGUUGCAACAAUCGGUUCCGGAAAUAUUGAUGCUCUUAAUAGAGUUCUUGCUGACCUAUGUACCAAAAGCAAUCCUAAGGAUGGGGAUGCAUUGACCUUGAGGCGGCUUGUAGAGAAAGAAGCUCGUGAUCUUAGUGGAGAAGCUUUUGCUCAUUUCAUGGAUCAUCUAUAUGAACGCAUUACUACAUUUCUUAAUAGUAAUGAAGUUUUUGAAAAUCUGGGAGCAUUGAGGGCUAUUGAUGAGCUAAUAGAUGUCACCAUCAGCGAAAAUACAUCAAAAGUGGCAAAAUUCUCCAAUUACAUGCGCGCUGCCUUUGAAAUAAAGCGUGAUCCUGAAAUCUUGGUCCUUGAUAGUAAAGUUCUUGGUCACCAAGCUAGAUUUGGUGGUGCAAUGACUGCAGAUGAAGUAGAACGUCAAGUGUGUAGCGUUUUGAUGCUUCAGAUACUUGAUUGUCUGACAUCAGGAUCUCAACUCUUUUGUAUUUUCAGGUUAAAGUUGCACUAGAAUGGCUUCGUGGUG